AUGUUGGCCCGUUCAUAUUUGGUAUCUCGCGCUAAAUUGGUACAACAGCGCUCACAGUCUGCUGGAGUGGCUUUAGAAGCUACUCGCAUUCCCUUUGACUCUUUGGCGAGUGCUGCGGAAGGUGUCUCGAAGUCUGGUGGUCAUGGUGACUCGGCUAAGAGUGUUACUGGGAAGGUGAAUUCUCGUUCUGUGAAUCUUAAGCGCUUACCCACCAAUGCCUGUAGACGAUGUUUCCGGGAAGGUCAUCUUGCUGAUGCUUGUGAUAGUGAGAUGCCUACAGAUAUAUCUCUCCGAUGUCUUGGUUGUGGUUUUUAUGGCCAUAAAUUGUCUGAUUGUCGUAUGGCUAAGUCGAGGAAGUUAUCGUGUAAACGUUGCUCUGGUAUUGGACAUAUGUCUUAUAUCUGUAGACAAGACCGAGUUGUUGAGUCUCAGGAAAGAAGGUCUGCUGAUCUCACUAAGAGUGAGGAGAAGUCCGUUCCUGCUGAUGGAGAUCAAGGUGAUAAGAAGAAGUCAGCCCUUCUCUCUGUAGUGGAACCUACUGCUCCUGCUGCAAGUUGGUUAUCGAUCUUGAAUUGUACUACUGGUAUUGAGGGAUUGGAUGACGGUCCUCAUGAUCCGUUGAAAGCUAACGUCUCACUGCGGUCAUAUGAUGUUGAUGUGGGUGAUUUAGAAGUGUCAGUUAUGCUCGAUACUGGAGCUGGUAGAUCGUUCAUCCACAAGUCUGUUCGUGACUCACUGAAUUCUGUUUAUAUCCGUGAGACUCGUGCUAUAUCUGCAUCAGCUACUUUGGCUGAUUCAACUGUCAUGCGGUUCACUGAGGCUAUUCGUGUGACAAUUGUGACUCCACAGCCAGCUGGGGCUGAAGCUGGUGUUUGGCUUUUGGUAUCUCCUGUGCUCAGCUGCAAUUUGAUUUUGGGCAUGAAUGCUUUGCGAAGUUUGUCGCUUCUGGUAUUCGUGAGCAGCGAUGCAACACUACUGAGAGCCUCUCUGACUGCAGUUGAUGUCCGCCGUGCUAUUUCAGACAGUGCUACUCGUAUAAUGACUUGUCAGGAUAAUCCUCCAGAUGAUCAGUCUCCCUGCGCUCUGCCUCCGGUAUUCGGUGAUGUUGGUUAUGGGCAAUCUACUGUAUUUGUCGGUCUUACACCAGAUCGUCAUGUUUGCUCUGAUGGCAGUACUAGAAUGGCACUGCGUUAUACUUAUGAUAUUCCAUGGUUAUCUGAUAAGAGACUGCCACGUCCCAUGGAAGAAGAUUGGGCUCGUCUUUUUAAGAAGGAUGCUAUGUUGGUACAGAAGCUCAAGAAGGAAGGACAUUUUGAUGCUUAUGAUACUGUCUUCCGUAAAUAUGAAGACCAAGGAGCUAUGGUGGAGAUUCCUAUCAAAUCUGAUGAUUUUGCUCAGAUUGAUGCUGUAACAGCAUUGCUGGGUAUCAUCGGCAAUGGUCGAGGAGAUGAAGAUCCGAAGGCUAAUACUCUCCGUAGUACUAUACCCUCUCUCACCGUGUUCCGUUGUUAUGAGCACGUGUAUUUGAGUGAUUUGAAGAUGGCCUUUUAUCAGCUCGCUAAUGCUCCAGCUGCUAACCUGCUAAGGAAAGAGAUCGGCCUCCAGCUGAGGGAUGUCCUGGGUCCACAACGAGCUUCUCAACAACUUCCUAGUAGAGGAAUGUUGCCAGCUAACCCGACAUACUCAACAACGACAAGACAGCUUCAGAAUGAUCCGUUUUUGGACGCCUUCGUGUCGUGUGAGUGCUAUGAUGGAGUACAAAGACUUGCGAUGGCGUUUGCUAGUGUUACGCCUGUUCCAAGAUUGCUCAGCCCGCCUGUCACUCAGGGUUCAAAGUUUUAUAUUUUCGUUGACUCCAGCACUACUGCUUAUGGUGUCGUUAUUACGACUGCUGCUUUUGUACCAGUACGAGCUCUUGCGAGGAUGCACCCUUCUCCCCGAUCGAAGUGGUCUAUAGUUCGAAAAGAGUUGGUGGCCAUACUUGCUGGCCUUAUGCUCUUCGAGGACUGUUUGAAGGUUUUGUUCUCAUCUUGUUUAACCCCUACUACGACGUUGGUUCCUAUUGUCUUUACCGACAACUCUGCCAAUUUCCACAGGAUCCAAGGAUUCCUGAAGGGAAAGAGUCUCGACCCCAAACUCCCAGCGUGGGAGCGACGGUCUAUUUCUUUUGCCGGGGAGUAUCUCUCGCGUGUUGAUGGUCAGAUUUAUCACCUACCAGGAACUGUGAAUCCCGCUGAUGCUUUCUCGAGAGGGACCAUGCUGUCGACACCUAUUCAUUUGGAUAGGAAAUUGCAUAGUGCGGUUCACUGUGCACUGCAGCUUCCUGGGUAUGGUGGUGUUAUGUUGUUGGCUGUUAAUGAGGACGAGCAGAAUGACGAUGACCAUCAUGAUAGAGAUCCCGGACUUAUAGAUGAGUCCUGGCUUGAGGAUAUUAAGCGUUCUCAGAAAGAUGACCCAUUUCUUGCCCGAAUCCUUGUAAAGGAUCCAACUGUCUAUCUGGGUCGUGUCUGUCGACUCUACGAGGUUAAGGAUGGUGCUGUUUACCAUGCAGUAACUGGUGGCUUGGUUGUUCCGGGAGCAUCAUGUCGCAGAUUGAUUGAGAAGCUCCAUACUCUAUUUGGUCACAUUGGUUUUGCCAAGCUUUAUAACUCUACAUAUCGCAUACUUUAUCUUGGUCGACUUGCGGAUUUUCGUAAAGUCCAACAUUCGUGUAAAACUUGCUUUGCCACUAGGGGGCAUCGUGCCAUACAUCACCGCCUUGGUCGCCGACUUUUGAGAUCCACAGCUCCAUGGGAGUUGGUGGGUAUAGAUUUAUGUGGACCGUACAAGUUUAGCGAUGCUGAAGGUGAAUCUGAGGCUAUGCUUGUGGUGUGUGUAGAUGCUUGCACUAAGUUUAUGACGGUUGAGGUUGCUCAUCACUACUGCAACGAGGAAGAACUUCUGCGCUGCAUCCAGAAGAUUUGUUAUCGUCACGGUUUUCCUCUAUGCUUUUAUAGUGAUUGUGAUCGUAGAUUUAGCGGAGCUAAACUAUGUUCUUGGCUUUAUGUCCAUGGCCUACAAUGGGUCCAGACACCCCCUUAUUGUUGCCGACUUAGGGGAUGGAAUGAAGCACCUCACAAGUUGCUGUUGAGUGUCGUGAGAUCACUUAUCCUCGAUGAUCAGGAUCAAGGUCGAGUUCGAGUCCCUUGGUACACCUAUGUUGAUAAGGCCUGCUGGAUUGUCAAUAAUAUCUGUAGGAGUGGGUCCAAUGUGGAUACCUUCUCUUCAGAAUUACAUUUUACUCAUGGUCGUUGCUUACCGCCAGUUAUUGGCGAUAGACGACUCUCUGAUGAGGCAAGACGUUUUAUGGCUGGUCUUGGCAUAUUACCUGUACCAUCAGAGCGGGCUCUGUCUGCUUACCUUGACGAUUAUCGAAAGCUCUUGGUUGAUGCUAUGGAUUUGAGUAUAGCUGAGAAUAUUGAUCAGGCCUUACGUUCUCGAGGGGUCUUGGCUGCUGAGUCUGUUGUCAGACGAGAUCUUUCUUCUGGUUUCAAGAUUGGAGAUUUGGUGGUACGCUAUAAUCAUCAUGCAGCCAAUAAACUGGCUCCGCGUUGGCUUAUUGACAAGCCUUACCGUAUUACUGCACUUAAUGGGAGUGUUGCCCAGUUAGAUGGUGGUGAAGAUAGCAAUGGCAGAAGAGUUUUGACGACGGAGUUUCUCGGCAACCUGAAGUCUAUUCCCCAAGAGAAUAAUGUUAGUGAUGAAUCAGAAGAUGAGUAGUUGUAAUCAAUGAGUAAUGUUUUUGAUCUUAUAAUGUGAUAAUCGAUGCUCAAGUAUUUCAUGUCCUCUUAUUUUCUUUACUUUUGCCGCCCCGGGAGUGUUGCCAUCGGACGGAGCGAUGCGCACAAUACUACGAGCGAAGAAGAGGAUGAUUCCUAAUAUUGUGUGAUGAGUAUCCUUAGGCUAUAACUGAGCUAUGUAGCUUCGAGUGCUAGCUUGUAGUAUAGGUUUGAUUAUAGAUAAGUAUAAGUUCUUGUCUUGUUCGGAUCCGAGGAUCUGUACUUGAUUAUCUGCUUCUACUACU